UAUGUCUUUAGCCAGAAAUAGGGCUAAGCGAUCUACAGCCGGUAAUCGUUUGAAUAAAUUACUAGAAAAUGAAGAUCCAGAAAAACAUAAAGAUGAAUUUUAUCAGACCGCUUAUGGCGGUUUCGCUGAAGAAACAGAAGAUAUCAACUAUUCAUCAGACUCUGAUGCUGAUCAAGAUUCUGAUGAUUCUGUGGAUUCCGAUUUUGAUAUAGAUGAGACUGAUGAGAUUAGAAGCGAGGAGGAGGAAGCCGAUAAACCUGAGAAGGGUGAUAAAAAGAAGAAAAAGCGUGAUAUUAUAAAGGAUACUAAAGUUUUGAUAGAAAAAGCUCAACUUGAAUACAAAAAUUCUCUAAAUAAACCAAUGAGUGAAUGGACUCAGGAAGAAAUUAAGAGAUACCAUACCAUACCUAUAGAAAUAAAAAAGCUAGAAAAUAUAAAAAUGAUCUCAAAAAUUCCAGAAAAUGAACAGCUUGAUUUGGAGCAAAUUGAAGAAGCUGUUGCAAGUGGAGGAAGAACAAUCUUAUCUGGAGCAUCAAGUAUUGCUAUGAAAUUGAUAGAAGCUCAAAGGUUAGAACGCGAAAAGAAAAAGCAAGAAAUGCAAGACAUAGAUCCAGAAAAAUUUAUUGCACUCCAACAUACUAAAAUGGAAGAGGCCAAGCUCAACGAAUAUUUAAAUAGGAAAAGUUUAAAUGCUUACCGAAUAAAUGAAGCUGAAAUACACAGAGCAAAGAGAAUGCUUAAAAAGCAAAAUCAGCCUAUUGUAUCUACACUUGUUGUCAAUAGAAAUAACAAAAUUGACCAUUUUGUCACUUAUCAUAAUCCUAAUGAUGUUAAGCGGUUACGUUCUCGUCCACCACCAAGACCAAAAAUAUGUGUAAUAACGGGUCAACCGGCGAAAUAUACUGAUCCUUUGACAGGAAAACCAUAUUAUAGCUUAGCAGCUUUGCAGCAGCUAAGAAAAUUAGAAAAGUUACCAUUCAAAGAGCCGGGAAAAGAUAUUGAGUCAUAUGAAUUGGAAUUGCUGAAAAGAAAACCGAAAUGGUUUACUAAAUUUCAUGCUAAGAGACUGGAGCAAAAUAAUGAAAUGAAAGAACAACUAGAUAUUAUGAAUAAUUUUAUGAAAGGACAUGGACUAGACUUAAAGAAACCAAAUCCAUCUAAAGCAGAAAUUAAUAAGUUCCAAGAUCUUAUCUUUAACGAGGAUUUCCUUGAAGCUUACUCCCCAGCACCUGUUGUUCAUAGUCUCUCUCAGCUGGGAAGAUAUAGAGAGGGUUUAUCUUUUAAUCUGCUGAUAAAAUUAAUCGAAAAAUAUAAGAACCUCAUGAAAGUAACGAAAUCGAAAACAAGUAUUCUAUGGGAAGAAUUACUUAUGGACAAAAACGUCGAUAAGUAUUUUAAAGAUAAUGUAAUGAUUAAACGAAAUGACUUCGGCUCGGAUACCCAUCCAUCAGUAACUAAAGGGCUUGAAGAACCCUCGAAUGACCAAGACUUUGUUGAAGAGAUGGAGGAAGAAACAGUAGAAAAAGUCAAUAUUGUAAACGUUCCACAAUCUGAAGUUAUAAUUUCCGAAGUAAACAAUGACUCUUUCCCGAUAGAAGUAAAUGAAGAUAUGAAAGAAUUUUUACAUGGAUUGCGAGGUAGCUCAUCAUCGGAAGAGGAAGAAGAAGAGGAAGAAGACGAUGUAAAGAGCGAAGACAACGACUUAAUUAGUAACGAUGAGGAUAUGAAAGAUCCUGAUGAAGAAGAUGAUGAAGAAAAGGAUUCAGAAGAGCAGCAACAUAAAAAAGAACUUGAACCAAAAGGUGCCGAAAGUAAAGGAAAACGACGACAAUCCGCAAGAUUAAGGAAAUUAUAA